CCCGACAACCCCAAAACCCUAAUUUCCCCCUCCAAAGCCCCAUCAAUUCACCAUAUGUCUAUCCCUCCAACCCUGCUUUCAUACCCACAGUGCCUACCAAACCUUCCCUCCCACUAAUUUCUCCCGCCGCAGGAUUCUUUGGUUCGGGACGAACUUGCCGCCGCAGGAGAGAACGUCUCCGCGUCGAAGGUCUCGCGGUCGGCCCUUCUGAUCCUCAAGGUUGAUAGCUGGGAUUCUUUGGGGUUUCAGAUGCAGCAAGUGCCAGAUGAAAGAGCGGACGGAGAAAGGGUGGCUCGGGUGGGUGAUGGGGGAUGGGAGAAGGGGGUGCUCGGGCGGAGAAGAUGAAAAGGGUAGAGGGGAUGGAGGGGUGGAGGGGUUCUGGGUUUGCUUUGGGGUUAUUAGUAUGGCUUCUUCCUCUUCCUCUGCUGCUGCUAUCUCGUCACCUCGAAGAAAGUAUGAUGUGUUUCUUAGUUUCAGAGGUGAGGACACCCGCAACACUUUCACCAGCCACCUUCAUGCUGCUUUACUUCGAAAGAAACUUCACACCUACAUAGAUGACAAACUUGAGAGAGGGGAUGAAAUCAGACCUGCCCUUCUAGAAGCUAUUGAGAAAUCAAAGCUUUCGGUGAUCAUUUUCUCAAAAAACUACGCUUCUUCCACAUGGUGUCUGGAUGAACUCGUCCAUAUACUAGGAUGCAAGGAAAGGGAUGGACAGUUUGUUAUACCCGUUUUUUAUGACAUCAGUCCACAGGAUGUACGAAAACAACAGGGGAGUUAUGCAGAUGCAUUUGCCAAGCUAGAAGAACGUUUCAAGGACUGUAUGGACAAGGUGCUUGAGUGGAGGGAUGCUUUGGAGAAAGCUGCCAACCUAUCUGGUUAUGAUUAUUCAAACAAAGCCGGGACAGAGGCCGAUUCCAUUGAGAAACUUGUCCAAGUUAUAUUGAACAAAUUGGAUUGCAAAUGCUCAAGUAAUUUAAAGGGUCUAGUUGAAAUUGAAACCAAAGUUGAGCAAAUUGAAUCGUUACUAUGCCUUGAUUCACCGGUAGUUUGCAAUGUAGGUAUUUGGGGCAUGGGUGGUAUUGGCAAGACCACCCUUGCUGAUGUUGUAUAUCACCGAUUCUCUUCCAAGUUUGAAGGUUGUUGUUUUCUUAAAAAUGUUAGAGAAAAUUCCGAAGGAAAAGACGGAAUAUAUAACUUACGAAAUAAACUUCUCCGUGAGAUUUUUGAUGAUGAAAAUAUAAAUAUUAACACUCCAUCUAUAGGAUCAGAGCUUCUUAAAGAGAGGCUCCGUCGUACAAAGGUACUCAUUGUUCUUGACGACGUGAAUGAUUCAAGGCAAUUAGAACUUCUAGUUGGAGAUGAUCUUAAGUUUGGUGUCGGAAGUAGAAUCAUUAUAACAACUCGAGAUCGGAGCUUACUCGAUGAAAAGGUUGAUGAUGACAAAAUUUACGAGGUCAAGGGAUUGGAACAUGAUGGCGCUCUUCAGCUCUUUCAUUUGCAUGCUCUGAAAAAUAAGUCUCCUACGACAGUUUAUACAAAGUUUUCAAGAAAGGUGAUAGAUUAUAUUCAAGGCAUUCCAUUGGCUCUUAAAACUUUGGGUGCCUUAUUCCGUCGCUGCGAUACAGAAGAAGACUGGGAUGAAGAAUUGAACAGAUUGAAAAAAUUUCCUAGCGAAAAAAUUCAGAAUGUGUUGAGACUUAGUUAUGAUGGAUUAGAAGAAAAUGAGAAGGAAUGCUUUCUCGACAUUGCAUGCUUCCUGAAAGGAGCAGAUGUUUUUACUGCAAAAAGAAUAUUAGAUAUUCGGGGUUUCUUCGUGACGGGAAUCCAAAUUCUCAUUGAGAAGUCUCUCAUAUCAAUUUCAGAGAUGAAUUGCUUAGAGAUGCAUGAUUUGCUGCAAGAAAUGGGCCGGACAAUUGUUCGUGAACAAUGCAGGGACGAGCCAGGAAAACGUAAUAGGUUGUGGGCUGCUGAUGAUGUCCAUCAAGUACUGGAGAAUGAUAUGGGAACUUCAACAGUUCAAUGCAUAUCCUUUGACACGUCUAACUUUACAGGGUUGGAAUUAUGUGGAUCACCCUUCAAGAAGAUGUCUAAUUUAAGAUUGUUGGUGAUUCAUGAUCCUCAUCUAAGAGUCGAGUACAACUAUGGCUUUGAUUUUGGUUCAAAAUUGGUGAAAUACUUAUUCUAUGUUCCUCGCUUUGGCAAGAGGUACAACAACAAUCUGGACCUUUCUCAAGGUCUUCAGUCUCUUCCCAAUUCUCUCAGGUAUCUUUACUGGCAGGAAUACCCGUUGAAAUCUCUUCCAACAAAAUUUUCUCCACAAUAUCUUGUUGAGCUUCGAUUGCCCUACAGCUUUGCUGGGAAAAAACUUUGGAGUAAAAACCAGAAUAUUGGGAACUUAAAAGUGAUUGAACUAAGUUUUUGCAAGCAUCUGACUGAAGUUCCAGAUCUCUCUCGCUGUCCAAAAAUUGAGCAUAUAGAUCUUUACGGCUGUACGAAAUUGGUUCGAAUUCCUUCCUAUUUUAAACAUCUUGACAAGCUUACGUUUCUGAAUCUGGGAUGGUGCACAAGUCUAAAAUUUUUACCAGAGCUCCCAGUGCUACGUUGUCUUCAAGCAGAGGGCUGCACUUCACUGAAGACAGUUUGCAGUUCAAGAAAUUCACUCACACAAGCUUGGGAUAAAUAUGAAUUGUUUCGGGGGCGUUUUCAUUUUGGUGAGUGCACAAACUUGGAUGAAAAUGCAAGGACCAAUAUAAUGGUGGACACACGGUUGAGAAUUAUGCGGGUGGCAACCGCGCCAGUGAAUUCACUCACACAAGCUUGGGAUAAAUAUGAAUUGUUUCGAGGGCGUUUUCCUUUUGCUGAUCACCAAAACACGGAAAUCUCUGAUGAGACUUUAGUUAGCACUAUAUGUGUGGGAAAUCAAAUUCCACAUUGGUUCUGCCAUCAAAAUAAGGGAUCUACGAUAACUAUCAAGCUUCCUUCAGAUUGGUAUGGUACAGAUUUUUUGGGUUUUGCUUUCUCUCUUGUUGUCGCUGACAAUGCCAUACCUUUUUUCCUUUCUUUGGGUUUCAUGAAGAUUGUAUGCAAGUGCAAUUUCAAAACUAAUAGUGGCCAAAGUCAUGAAAUCAUUUAUCCUUCCUUUAUUCCUUUUACUGAAAGAGAGGGUAAGCUUUCUUAUUUGCCGUUCGAAUUCAUAUUUGUGUGGUUUAGUGCGUUUGCACUUGGGGAGGGAGCAAAUUUAAAUCGCUCCACUUCUUUUUACAACCUUGUCACUGAGGUCUGUUUUGAGUUCAACGCUGGGGAUGCCCACUUCGGCGACCGAUUAACGGUGAAAAGGUGUGGGAUCAGCCUGUUGUAUGCUCAAGAUGUCGAUACCAUCAAGUCGGGAGGAACUACGGGUUGGAGUAGCCAAAAAUAGAAGUUAGAAAUGAAAAAUUAAGAAUUUGAGCUCUUAUUGUUUGUAUUCUCAUCUUUUAAGCUGUUUGUAAGCCUUGUGGCCGAGGGAUUCCUUGUAUUAGUCUUUGUUGUUGUAGCGCUUUGGCUUUCCAAGUAAUUUACAAGAGGCAUUUUGAUACA